AUUGGUUCUCCACUCCCAGCCUUUUCCGGAGUAGGGAAACCGGUCGCAGGGCUGGAAGUAACGUAGCCUUCGGAUUCGAGACAGCGGCGGCACUAAGGCAGAGCGGCCUGGUGCCAGUGGAGCUGUCCGUCUUCUUCAUUCAGCCUCCAGCCCGAGGUGGAGAAAACCCCUAGAAUUCUGGCGGCCUAUGGGAGGGCGCAGAGUCGGGUCGCGAAGUAUCCAGCGCAGACAGAAAUAGCGGAGCCACUGAGGGCCACCGAAAGCCCCGCCCCUAGGAGGAGUCGGGAGGCCUCCGGGUGGAGGUAGGAACCCAAAGGGACGGCCCUUGGGGUUGAGCCCGCCGGCCAUGGCCACGCCUCCGGAGGCCGGUCCCGCAGCUCUGCGGUUCGUAGCCGCUGCCAGCUGGCAAGUCGUGCGCGGACGCUGCGUGGAGCAUUUUCCGCGAGUGUUGGAGUUUCUACGAUCCCUGCGUGCUGCUGCUCCUGGCUUGGUUCGCUACCGGCACCAUGAACGUCUGUGUAUGGGCCUAAAGGCCAAGCUGGUGGUGGAUCUGGUCCUGCAGGGCCGGCCUUGGGCCCAGGUUCUGAAUGCCCUGCAUCACCACUUCCCGGAGUCUGGACCUGUAGUGCGGGACCCCAAAGCUACGAAGCAGGAUCUGAAGAAGAUCUCAGAGGCCCAGAAAACCUUUUGUCAGCAGGUGGAGCAGCUUGCAGAAGCCCCCAUUGAUUUGGCUUUGAAGCUACAGGAACUUGAACAAGAGUAUGGGGAACCCUUUCUGGCUGCCAUGGAAAAGCUGUUUUUUGAAUACUUGUGUCAGCUGGAAAAAGCACUGCCAACACUGCAGGCACAGCAGCUUCAGGAUGUGCUGAGUUGGAUGCAGCCUGGAGUUUCCAUCACUUCUUCUUUUGCCCUGAGCCAGUAUGGCGUGGACAUGGGGUGGCCACUUCCAGCGCGCUCUGCUCCUGAUUCAAGGAACAUGACAGGGCCCAGGGAGCAGAGUCCUCCUCAGCAACAAAGAACAGCAUGCCAGGAUCAUCUGACAAAAGCCAGACCUAGCCUACACCUUCCUCAGGGACCAGCCUCAAGGAAGCAGCCGGAAACUGUGACUGGCCACCAGUUCAAUCUGGCCCCUCUCGGCCGGCGAAGAGUCCAGUCCCGGUGGGCAUCCACUAGCAGAGGCCGUAAGGAGCGCCCCACCGUCAUGUUGUUCCCCUUUAGGAAUCUGGGUUCACCAGCCCAGGUCUUGUCUAAGCCUGAGAACAGGGAAGAACAUGGGACACACACAGCACAUCCAGCAGGGGCUGUGGGCACAAGAGCAGCCUCCGCUGCAAAGUCUAAGAGUCCAUCCAAGACCCUGGGGGGAAGGGAGCUGAAGGAGAACCCAGUUGAUUUGUCUGCCUCGGAGCAAAAGGAGAACUGCUUGGAUUGCCCCAUAGACCCUCUGAGGUUGUCAUUAUCACCACCUAGGGCCAGGAAGCCAGUGUGUCCUCCAUCUCUCUGCAACUCUGACAUUACCAUAGGGGACUUGGUUUUGGACUCCGAUGAGGAUGAAAAUGGCCAAAGGGAAGGAAGGGAUCCUCCUUCCAUGUCCUCCCGACGUCCUUACCAAAAGCCUUGGCCACAUCCCCGGGACAGCUGCAGCCUCCAUCCUGCAAAGUAAGGAGCACUAUGAAGAGACAGCGUGGAUCUCCCAAGCUCUCUAAACAGUGUCCCAGUGGCCCACCUCAAAGCUGACAGGAACCCAGGAAUCCUGAUUCACCUCUACCAGAGCCUCUGGACCUGGCAGAAAACCCAGCUGUUUGGCAGACUCAUAAACCCUGCACCCUGCCGUGGGGCCUUACAGAAAUGAUAUGGCCUUUGAGGCCAUGAGCAGCAUCUGCACACUCCAUCACUGCACUCAGCUGUGGAUACCCCACUCCAGUCUUCUUCCGGGUGGUACACACAGAACCUGAGAAGAACAUGACAAGGAUGAGAAGGACGUUCUCCAUGGUGUUUGCCACUGAAGGGGGUAGCCAGUGGUCCCCGAUGAACCAGCUUACCUGGUCCAAUCCCCACCUUGAUGAUGUCAGCCCCGGAGAGGAUCAGCUCUUCCACCAUCUCUCCUGUUACCACGUUUCCUGCCUGGGACAGCACCAUCAAAACAGAGUGUUCUUAGGGUCAGAAACAGAGGAGGUGCAGUGCUUCCAACAUUAUUACAAAGAAAGGUACCUGGCUUCCCUCUACUGGGCCCUCUGAGGGCUUUUAGACAAGCCACUUCAAAGGACUCUGCUUCCCAAGCUGAGGUAAGAGGGUGAGUGGCCAGUGUCACUGUCAUACUAGGGUAAAGCUGGGGUUCAGCUGGACUGAGCUCACAUCUGAUUUACAGUAGAUUUCUCACCCCGUCCCUGCCAGAAGACCCAGACACAUCCUGUACUUAAGCUGUUAUGUCAUGAAACCUCUGGCUUCAGGAAAAGGGGAAAGACAUGGUAAUGAAGGCUGAAUGAAUACCAUCUACACAGUUAUAUUUGCUGUUGAUGGGCAGAACAGAGACCCCCUAAAUGCUGUGAAGAGAAUGAGGCCUUGGCAUCACUCCCCUAAGCUUGUAAAAAUAAAUAAAUAAAUAAAUAAAUAAAUAAAUAAACAAACAAACAAACA